AUGUCGAACUUGUCAAAGCUUGAAUUUGUUGCACUUGCCAUCUCUGGGAAUAACUAUUUGCUAUGGGUACUUGAUGCUGAAAUUCACCUUGAUGCUAAAGGACUUGGUGACACUAUUAAAGAAGGAAAUGAAGUAUCAAGUCAGGAUAAGGCGAAAGCCAUGAUUGUCCUUCGCCGGCAUCUCGAUGAAGGGUUAAAAAGUGAAUAUUUAACCUUGAAAGUUUCAUUUCAAUUAUGGACUAGUUUGAAGGAACGAUAUGACCACUUAAAGGCCACGGUAUUGCCAAGAGCUCUUCGUGAGUGGAUUCACUUACGGCUACAAGAUUAUAAGACCAUAAGUGAAUAUAAUUCUGUUCAACAAUAUUGUGAAAAUGGCUUUAAGAAAUAUUCUGAGUUAAUUUCAUGCCUUUUGGUAGCUAAACAACAUAAUGUCCUUGUAAUGAAAAAUCAUGAAGCCCGCCCCACUGGAUCAGCUCCAUUCCAGAAGCGAAUGUGGUAG